AUGCCACCCGGAGCGCUGGAGGAGAUCUUGACGUCAGACACGAGCGACAAGUUUGUCGGUCCAAUGCCGGUGGAUGCGUUCUUGAACGAUUUCUUACCCACAUCUUUCUGCGCCAUGCCACGAGUCGAGGAAUGUGACUUCAAGCCAACAUGUGAUGACGGUAGUCAGGAUAAUGAGGAGAGUAGGGAGGCAGUCAUGCUGGACUUCCUCAUGAAAGGUUUCGCUCCAUUCUUCGGAAACCUUAGGGCAUGCAGAACAAAUGGAUCGUAUGACAAAAGAUGGAGGGUGUAUAGGCAAAAGGUGAGGCCAGCCAUCGCAGUCUACGAGGUCGACGUCCCUCUCGAUGUGGACACGGACAUCUCGAAGAUGGAGACCUGGAUAGAAGUCACGGCUGACGAAGAGGACGACCCCUUUGAGGACCCUCCUGACGAUCUUUCGGGGGAGGAUCUCUGCGACCACCUCGACGACCGUCCAUUCGAACGCGAAGACGAAUCGGGGACGCUUACUCGCGGGAGAGCGCUUGCCCACGCUAUCGCUCAGCUUGGCUCCCAGUACCGAAAUUUCGCCUUCUCCGUCCUCAUUUUCGGGAAGUAUGCUCGGUUGGUCCGGUGGGACCGCGCGGGUGCAGCAGUGACGCGACGGUUCGACUGGACCACAGCACCGGAGCUGCUCGCUCGCUUCUUCUGGAGGUUUGCGAAUGCGUCGCGGGAGGAACGGGGUGCUGACGAGACGGUGUCACGGGCAGAAUUGAACGAAGAAGAUGCCGCUGCCGUGCGUCGAGGGCUGACGCUCCCAUCAGACGAAGAACUUUUCGCCUACCUACUUCACGAUGACUCGCCACCGCCACCAUUACCCACCGAGAACGAACAUGGCCUCAGUACGGACCCGAUUCCAACGUCGCGUAUUUACUAUGGUCCUCGUCUCAACUUAAUGCCGUGGGAACUCACCGGCAGCUCGACAAGGACCUUCGUUCUAUGGGACCUAGUUGGCCAGAAGAAGGUUUUCAUGAAGGAUACCUGGAGACGCGAUUCGCGAUCAGCAGAGAAGGAAGGGGACAUCUAUCGGAUAUUGAAGUCGCACGAUGUCUCGCAUCUCGCACCCAUGGAGUGCAGCGGGGACGUCUUGAGCAGUCACGGCAUGAGAACGCGGACGCAGGACUACAGCAAGCCAUAUCUGGGUUUACGAUUGUCCGGCUACGUCCAUUACAGGAUAGUCUUCGGUGUUGUGGGCAUUAGUUUGCAUGAUUUCUCGGCCCCGCAUCAGCUUUUUUCCGCCCUGGCUGAUGCUCUUGAGGCUCACAGGGACGCGUACACUAAGGCCAAGAUCCUGCAUCGAGACAUAAGCGCUGGCAACAUCAUAUUAUCACCCACCGGCGAGGGCCUGCUGAUCGAUUGGGACCAUUGUCUGAACAUGAACAAUCCGGCCAGCCUGAAGACACAGGUUGGAUUCACGGGUACAUGGGAAUUCGCUUCGGCACGGCUCCUCAAAAGCCCACGCACGGAGACGCACGUCUUGGAGGACGAUCUUGAGUCGUUCUUGCAUGUUGCAACGUGGACGUCAGUUCGUAGAAUCCCGGGUGGGCUCAAGCGAAGGAAAAUAGAGCGAUACCUCGACGAAAUAUUUCGAGAGCGACGGCAAACAGGCGACCUCGAGACAGGAGGUAUCACCAAAGAGAUGUACAUGGCAACGAGAGAGGGCUAUCUUCCCAAUGACUGGUUAGAAGGAUCGCCCUUGCGGACUCUGCUUGGCAACAUCGCAGAUACGUUCGGCAUACGAUAUCGCCACGAACCUACCGAUGGCGACCGCCAUGCCGAACGAGUGUUAUUUCCAUUCAAAGAUCGCCAUCCCGAGGUAUAUAAGCAAAUAUACGCCUGUGUCUACGACAAGGCUAUGGUGGCCCUCGGGACGCAUGACUGGAUGAUUGCGAGGAUGCGGGAGCUGUCACAUGCACUCACAGAUAACGGCGAGUCCACACGGACAGUGGUCAUUCAUUGUGAUGACAGUCGUAGGCAAGAAUCAAACAAAGCGUCUGUCUCCGAGCCAAGAGAGACGGGUCCAUCGUACCCUACGAAGCGUAACCUCCCUUAUCCAGCAAAAUCCUUCAUGGAUUCUGGUGCCAGUGAUCAAUGGGCUUCCAUCGCCAGCUCCCCCGCACCCUCAAGCCCUUCAAGUAUCGACGAACACCCAUUGCCGAACGAAGGCAGCUACGGCACUCAGUCAGACACUGGAGAGCAUCCAAACCACAGCGACGACUCUCGUGCUUCUUCAUCGGACCUUCACCAGACCCCGCCGCCUCGUGUAGCCCAUGCAAAGGCGUUGCCUUACAAUAAUCACACUCCCGUGAGGUACAAACUGGACGGCCAUACAGCAUUCAACUCCAAAACCUCUAAUGAAGAUGAAGAACUUAUCGGCAAACUUCUGCUUAUGGAGGCGGAGAAAGUAUUGUGCGGACCGAUAUCGGCGACAAAAUUCAUCGAUGAUUUUUUGCCAGUGCCUGAUAGCGCUGAAGAAAGGGCUUCAGCGCCGCCCAGAUACGGCCAAACCUUUGAUAGAACUAAGACAAAGGAGAGAGACAUGUAUGCACCGAUCAUGACAUACAUCGAUGGUCUUCUAGGGGAAAAAACGGACCUGAAGACGCAGAAGACAGCAGACAAGACUGAUCCUAAUCGACUUGUACAUGGGCGCGGUGUUAAGCCCGACCUCGCAAUCUAUAAAGGAGCCAACACCAAAACCGAUUUCGAGCUCAUGGAAUCGUGGUUUGAAGUCAAGAGUACAGAAGCCGAAGAUCCGUUCGUCAGUGAUUUCGGCUCGGAGCCCGAACCCGAACCCGACUCUGAAUCUGGCUCUGGCUCUGGGUCCGACUCCGACUCUGACUCCGGCUUCGUCAAGAAGAGAUUCCUCAAGGACACGGUCCUCGGCAAGAACUCGCUCAUUCAGCUUCUCAGAUAUGCGAUUGGUCAUCUUGGGGCCGGUUUCCGGUGCUUUUCUUUCUCCAUACUUUUCGCGGGGCGCUACGCACGCCUCAUUCGAUGGGAUCGAGCUGGUGCAGUUGUCUCAGAACAGAUCGACUACACUGAUGAAGGCGGCCAUGACUUGCUGAGCAGAUUCAUAUGGCGCCUUUCCCGCGCAUCCCCCAAACAGCGUGGUAUCGACACCACAGUCGAUAGUGCUGGAUCCUUCCUCUCUGAUUCAGAGAUCGAAGAUAUACGACAGCAGCUCAGCCUCCCUCCCGGUACAAAACUGUUUCGGUAUCUUGUGCACAAUGACGGUGAUAUGAAGCACUCUUCAUCAGUCCUACGUGCGCCGCCGGAAAACCUGUACAUCUACUAUGGGCCUUCUUUCCCGACGACUCCACAGUCACUUCAUGGGCGUUGUGGGAGGACCGUCCCGGUAGUGAGCGCCCAAUCUAAGCAGCUGGUUCUACUGAAAGAAUCAUGGAGGGUUAUCUCCCGCAACAUCUAUCCAGAGGCUGAAACGUAUCACCGUCUACAUGAAGUGGGUGUCCCUCAUAUUCCUAGAGUGGAAGCAAGUGGCGAUAUUCGGUAUGAUGACGGCGAAGAGCAAUCAACCGACUCACAGAAUUAUGCCGGUGCUUCUGGUGACAUGAAGGAGAUGUCGAGUCACGUCCACUACCGUCUUGUCUUAGAUGUGGUGGGACGUGAAAUCACUAAUUUCGAGUUCGCGCAAGAUAUGGUAGCGGCGGUGGCAAACGUUCUUGAAGCGCACAUGACGGCUUACCAAAAGGCUGGAAUUCUACACCGAGAUAUCAGUGUUAACAAUAUGAUAUGGAAUCCGUCGACGGGAAAGGGUAAUCUUAUCGACUGGGAUACAUCUUGUGACGUGAAUAGGGGCGGUAUACCGAAGAGGCGGCAAGGGCGAACGUUCGUCUCUGCAAAGCUCUUGUUAGACCCAGAAGCCUUUCAGGGGCUCGAAGAUGACCUGGAAUCUUUUCUCCAUGCAUUGACCUGGGUAUCGGUGCGAUACGUUGACGGUGGCAUCGAUGGAAAACAACGUGGCAAAUGGUUAUAUGAUGUUUUUGACCAGCGCGAAGUGAAGGAUGGAAGAGUUGUGGGGGGCACAGGCAAAAAAAGUAAUCUUCGAUCCAGAGGCAAUUGGUUACCUGUUGGGUGGCUUGCCCAGUCGCCGCUGGCCGCGCUUCUGAUCGACUUAGCGAAUGUGCUGGGUGUACGCUAUCGGACUGCACCCACCGAGUGGGACCACGUGGCGGACACGCUCCUCCGUUUGUACGAGCCAGAAAUUGCUGCGCUAACAACGACAAAGCAGUACGAGAACGACCAGGAGCAGAUCAGGACGCACACUUGGAUGAUACAGACUAUUCAAGCAGCCCUCGCAAAGGAAGGGUGGGAGAUGGCUGUCCGAAUGAAGGAGCUAGACCUUAUUUCUUCGAACUUUUCACCGACUCACAAACAGAAGAAGGCGCAAAAGAAGCGAUUCCAGCAGAGCGAUAUGCAAAGGGCUAAUUCGAAGAGCUUUGAGGAGUCUGCAAGCUCUCAGAGUAUUCAUAGUAUGAAGCGGCGAGUGGAUGACGAUGACGAUGAGGACGAGAAGGAGGCGCCCAGAAAAGCGAAGCGGCAUAAAAAGUCUAAGAAGACAAAAACAGUGGUUCACAGGAGGGCUGCGACGAAUUAG